AUGCAAUUCCUGGAAGACGACGUGAACCUCGGAACUUUGACACUCCCGGGUACUCGCCACAGUUGUGCAUCGACGACGAAUAUCAACGACGCAGAUGUCCACAUCGAGCCGGAGGACGACAAGAAGCUCACGAAGAAGCUCAGGAAGAUGCACCAACAUCAUCACGAUUCGAUCCCAAAGCAGCUGAAGAAGGGCAUUCGACUACUCCAGUUAUCCUGCGGCAAAGGCAACUUCAUUUCACAUGGACCCUUGACCAUCGCAAACAGCUAUCUGGAAGAUUUCAUUCAUCAGAUAACUGAGUUCCUCAAGGAAAACGAUUCCGAGACAGUCGUUGUGUUUCUAAGCUGGUCUUCUGCCUGCAUCCACGAGUUUGACGCUACUAAACCAUGGUCAGAGGGAGGCCAUUCCAUGGUUCACGACCCGGUGCCGGAAAGGUUCGACAAAUACCUGAAAUCGAUUCUGGGCGAUAGCGACGUAUUUUACACCAGUACCAAGGAAGAAUGGCCAACUCUAGGGGAUGUCCGUGGAAAGGCCGUCAUUCUCUGCGGGUGGGAAGCCAAACACCAAGUUGACCGGUGCGGUCGAUAUCAUGAGCCACUAUCGGAGAAGGUUUCGCACGACUCUACCAUCAUGGACACAAAACAAUUGGUUGAGGAGACAUGGAACAGCAUUACCAGCAAAUUCGACAGCUUUGGGGUCCCUCAAGAUAUUAUCCUAGGGGCCUCCUUGCAACACGAUCCUAACAACCCCAAUGGAUGGAUCGUACCAUGUUCCACAGCACCGCUGCUGCAACAAAAGGCCAGAUGUUAUUUUGAGAAACACCACGAGCAACUCAGGGGGCUUUGGUUCUAUGGGGACUUCAUGGAGGAAGAGACAAACAUGGCAAUUGCAAGGCUCAACUGGUACGGUACGGCUGAAGGUGAUUUCUGUCGACCGGUGAUGCCAAAGGCUCGGACUGCCUGA